AGUACACAUUUAGUAUGUCUUUUGAAAUUUAAUUUAGAGCUAUUUUUAUUUCAGGUAAAUAGUAGCCUAUAAUUCAUUGUAUUAAAAAUAAAUUAUUUUGGAUUUAUCAGAACAUAUUUAGACACAUUUAACAUUGUAAAUAAUAUUUAAACAGUAGUAGUGUUGUGUAGAUAAAUAUUAGAAUUUCAGCUUAAUUAUUAUGGUUGUUAUGAGCUAAAUAAAUAAAUUAAUAAAGAAAGUGUGCAACAAAAAAUAGCACUUUAUUUAGUACGCAUUUACUAUUUUAAAAAUGACUUUAGAGUAGUUUUCAAUGUGAGGUUAAUUAUAGUUAAUUUGUUUUUAUUGAUUUUAGAUUUAUCAGAGCAUAUUAAGACGCAUUUAUCAUUGUAACUUAUAUUUCAACAUCACUUAUUUUGUGUAGGUGUAUGUUAGAAUGUCAGCUUAAUUAUUAUGGGUCUUAUCAGCUACAUCAUAUAAUAAAGUUUGGAACAAAAAUGGCCAUUUUGCCAUAUUUAAGUACACAUUUAGUAUGUCUUUUUAGCUAUUUUUAAUGUCAGGUAAAUAGUAGCCUAAUUAAUACAUUUUAUAAAAAAAGAAAUUACUAUAUUUUGGAUUUAUUAGAACAUAUUAAGACACAUUUGACAUUGCAAUUAAUGUUUAAAUGCAGUAAUAGUGUUGUGUACUGUAGGUGGAUAUUAGAAUUUCAGCUUAAUUAUUAUGGUUUAGCUACAUAAAAUAAUAAAUAAAAUGUGCAACAAAAAUGACAAUUUUGCCAUAUUUAGUAGCUUACACAUUUAGAAGGUCCAUUUUAAACUUGAAUGUAGAGUACUUCAUUAUGUCAGGUAAAAAGUAAUUAAUUUAGUUUAUUUAAAAAAAAUAUUGUCAUUUCUUAAUGGAUAAAUGGAUUUAUCAGAACAUAUUAACAUGUAUUCAUUCAUUCAUUUUCCUUCGGCUUAGUUCGUUAUUUAUCAGAGGUCACCACAGCGGAAUGAACCAUCAUAUAUUCCUAGCAUUUGUUUUAGGCAUAGGAUGCCCUUCCAACUGCAUCCCAGUACUGGGAAACACCCAUAUUCUCGCAUUCUCACACACACACACACACACUCAUACACUACACUACAUUUAGUUUAACAUGCCUUUAACAUUGUAAUUAAUAUUUAAACAUGGUGCUAGUUUUGUGUAGAUGAAUGUUAGAAUUUGCGUUUAGUUAUUAUGGCUAAUAUUAUUAUAUCUACUUUUCUUUUUGUGGUAUAGCCUAUAUUUAUAGUUCAGGUCAACCCUUUGUUAUAGGCUUUUUUAACGUUCCAUUUUUUUUAAUAUUUCGAUUAUUUUACAGCCGUUAUGAAUAAUAUAACAUGUUUUAUAAGUAUUAUUUAUAUAAGAUUUAUACUAUUAUUGUACUAAAUACUGGUUAUUACGCUGUUUUUUGCUUUUCAUUUGGCGAUUGGUUUGUUGAAUACAUUCAUUUGAUGAAGCUAUUUUUCUAUCUCUCAGUUAAAGCGGAUUUAGUCCUUAUAAAUGCAUCAACUGUGAUGCACAGUUCAGACUACAUUACCCACAAUCCACUUACUAUGACGGUCUCUCUUUUAAGAGUUGAGUCAGUGUGUUGGGUAUAAAAUCACCCACAGCAACGGGGCCGAGGAAGUUGAAACCUCUUUAAAACAUUUUAAGUCAAAUAAAAUAGUGGUAACUACAAUGAAAGCAAACGCAAAAUAUUCACAUUUACAAAAGAAUGACCAACAGCUGCAUAAAAUGACUGGAGCAGACCGCGGGAGCAGGCCAGCAGAAGUUCCAGUGCUAAAGUUAGACGCCCUGCAAAACGCGGAGGAGGAGCAUCUUGCCAUACAUGUAAAGGAUGCAGGUAUGAAGAUUGUUUCAGGAGAUCUGUCAGCCAUGAGCUGGGGCUCUUCAGCCUCCACACCGACAAAACAGUGUUUUCCUUCCAAGAUGAAGGAUUUGAUUCAAAAUCAAGUGGCUCUGGAUGAUGGAGAAUCACUCCAGCUGAGCUAUAGAGCACAGACGCAGAGAAGUCCACAGUACAGCAACAAAACAAGCCAGCAUUCACCUGAAUCCACCUGUAAAAAUACAGCACAGACAAGCUUCAAUGCUUUACAAGUCAACAGCAAGAUGAGGGAUGCGGAGGGGCUUACAGAGGAGAGGAAACUGCAAGCUGUAAUUGAGCAGGUUAUGGUGGACCAGCUGUCGAGGGCUGUCAUUAGCGAUCCGGAGCAGAAUGCUGUGUCUGUCAGUCCCACGAGUGUCCCACCACGCUACAGGAGAACUCUUCACCACACUCAGGUAAAAACACGGAUGUCUUUAACAGAGAACAUCUUAUCCAACAAGCUCUGCUUUCAAGCCAGGAUUUUAUCAAGGUGUGGACGUGAAGCAUGUCGAAAACUGAUUGGCUUCUUCUUCACAUGUGACCAAACAAUGACCAUAUAUGAGUACCGAAAUUUUGGUAAAAACAGAUGGAACGCUCUGCCCUUUAUCGCUCGUGGUGUGUACUGGAACAGAGGGAGGCCGUACUGCCUGCAGGACAUCUCACAGGGUGCCGAGCUUCAUUUCUGUACAGACGGCCCACACUUCCCCCAGAGUCUGAGACAGCAGCCGUGCCUGAGCCUCACAGUUACUGAUGUGGAUGACGGAGCCAAGGGAGCCCUGCUAGCUCAGUCUGGGGAGACUCUACGCCAUCUCUCUGAAGAAGAAAUCAACGAGCAAAACACUCUGAAGGAAAUGCAAGGUGCAGUGCGUGAUAGGCUGAGGGGUCGUGCGAUUCAAACCCUGAUCAGUCUAGGAAGAGACAUGCAGAAGAUGUUUGAUCUGAAGGCUGAUGGUGUUCAGCAAAAAGAGCUGCUCAGACGAUCUCUGAUGGAGCAGCUCUGCAUCACUGCACAGGACUUUGAGGCGGUGUGGAGGAUUGUGAGUCGGCGUAUGGAGGGCCGGGUGAAUCCUGCUGAUGUGAUGCGUGCCGUUACCGGGGAGAUGAACGAGGACAGAAAAGCCCUUUUCCUGAAGGUUUAUGUAAAGCUUGACCCAAAUAAAACCGGCUCCAUCUUCCUGAGCGACAUUGAGAAAUUCUAUAGAGGCAAACAAGAGGCUGACACAGCACUCGAUCCCCGUCCAAACCCUGACUUCCUGGCCUUCAUACAGGAAGCAGGAAAGAUCACCAAGACUGUGUCCUACGCCGAGUUCGAGGACUAUUAUGAAGGUCUGAGUAUUGAAAUCUUUGAUGAUGAAGAAUACAUCAACAAUCUGAGAGCUACAUGGAGUAUCUGAAAGCAUCUGCCUUGUUUAUAGAAUCAGUCCUAUUUGUUGCAUCCUAUUAAGUCUUUUUGUAAUAUAUAUUUAACUUAACUAUAACUUUUAUACUUGAAAUGACACAAAGCUUUAGUUGUAACAUCAUACAGUGUACAUUCAUUCAUUUUCCUUCAGCUUUGUCCUUAUUUAUCAGGGGUCGCCAAAGCGUAAUUAACCGUCAACUAUUCCGGCAUAUGUUUUACACCCUUUCAGCAACCCAGUACUGGAAAACACCCAUACACUCUCACAUUCACACACACACCCAAACACUACGGCUAGUUUUGUUUACCCCAUUGACUUAUACCGCAUGUGUUUGAACUGUGGGGGAAACCGUAGUUCCCGGAGGAAACCCACGGAGACUCCACACAGAAAUGCUAACUGGCCCAGUUGGGACUCAAACCAGUGACCUUCUUGCUGUGAGGCGACAGUGAUAACCAUUCAGAUGUUAUCAUAUUAAGAUUUUUAUUCAGCAAGAAGAAACAAAGUGACAGUUAAGACAUUUAUUUUGUUGCUUUUUUAUUAUUAAAGAAUUACACAGAAAUGUUUCACAGUUUACACAAAAGUAUUGAACAGUUUCUGAUUUUUCUUGACCAUCAAAUCAACCUAUCAGGUUCAUUGAUUUCCAAAGCAUCAUGUGACCUUGUAGACUUAGUAAUGAUGCUGAAAAUUCAGCUUAGACACCAAUGGAAUAAAGUACAAUUUUUAACAUGUUCAAAUUAAAAGCAGCUAUUUAAAAUUGUAGUAAUAUUUUAAAAUAAUACAGUUAUUACUGUAUUUAUGAUCAAAUUAAUGCAACUUUUAACUAACAACUAACCAAACUAUUUCAAUUUUAAAAAUGUCUUUUAAAUCUAGUGAUAAUUAUCCAUCCAUCUUUCUUUUCAGUGUGUCGAUCUACUGUUUCCAUUCAUCCAUCUAUCCUUCUUUUCAGUGUGUCGAUCUACUGUUUUCAUUCAUCCAUCUAUCCUUCUUUUCAGUGUGUCGAUCUACUGUUUCCAUUCAUUCAUCCAUCUAUCCUUCUUUUCAGUGUGUCGAUCUACUGUUUCCAUUCAUCCAUCUAUCCUUCUUUUCAGUGUGUCGAUCUACUGCAUCCAUCCAUCCAUCCUUCUUUUUGGUGUCUGUCGAUCUACUCCAUCCAUCUAUCCUUCUUUUCGGUGUCUGUCGAUCUACUAUAUCCAUCCAUCUAUCCAUCCAUCCUUCUUUUCGGUGUCUGUCGAUCUACUCCAUCCAUCUAUCCUUCUUUUCGGUGUCUGUCGAUCUAGUAUAUCCAUCCAUCUAUCCAUCCAUCCUUCUUUUUGGUGUCUGUCGAGCUAGUGUAUCCAUCUAUCCAUCCUUCUUUUUGGUGUCUGUUGAUCUAGUGUAUCCAUCCAUUCACCA